CUUUUCCAUCUAUUUUUCCUACCCCACAUCUCAAAAGACUUGAGAAACGUUUACACAAAGAAAUGGCAAUACAUGUUGAUUUUCUUUUACCACCACUUCUUUUCAUUCUAAUUAUAGUUUCAUCAGGGGGAAGACAGGCCGAGUGUGCAAGAGUUUUCACGAUCAUAAACGAUUGUAAAGAAAUGAUCUGGCCUGCAGUCACCCCAGGUGAGAAUUUCCAUGGCGGAGGAUUUGCUUUAAAGCCAGGCCAAUCAAUUGUUUUUAAUGCGCCAGUGGGGUGGAGUGGGCGAAUAUGGGGUCGAUCAGGUUGCAAAUUUAACAAAAAUGGCAAUGGAACAUGCCAGACAGGGGCCUGCGGCACAUCCCUCGAAUGUAAAGCCUCAGGUGCAACUCCAGCAACACUGGCAGAGUUUACCCUUGCACAGUUAGAUUUUUACGAUGUUAGCCUCGUUGAUGGCUUCAACUUGCCCAUGUCUGUCACCCCAAUAAACGGAAAGGGAAAUUGCAGCGUUGCUGGUUGCGAUGGGGACUUGAGGACCACUUGCCCCUCCGAGCUUGCGAUGAAAUCCAAUGGUAAAGUUGUGGGUUGCCGAAGUGCUUGCGAUGUGUUCAAUACAGAUGAGUAUUGUUGCAGAGGAGUUUAUGGAAAUCCUAGAAUUUGUCAACCGACUUACUAUUCCAAAAAGUUUAAAGAAGCCUGCCCGACUGCGUAUAGUUAUGCUUAUGAUGAUCCGACUAGUAUUUUCACUUGCUCAGGAACUGAUUAUGUUAUCACGUUUUGCACUUCCAGGAAGCAACCAGUGUGCACGUAUCAUAACAACAAGCUGGUGUGCAGUGAAUCAAAUGCCAAUGGCUUCAAAUCUGUGAUUGGUAGACGUUGGCAUGUGAUGCUUACAAUUGUAUUAAUGGUUACCUUGUGGAUUAUUUCUUAAGAAUUAAUUUGUUGUAAAUAUGAAUUUGUUAAU